CGACCCCAUAGGGUUUCCAAGGCUGUAAAUUUCUACAGAACCAGACUGUCACGUCUUUCUCCCGUGGAGCUGCUGGUGGUUUCAAACUGCCAGCCUUUCAGUUAGCAGUUGGUUGCUUUAACCACUGCACCACCAAGGCUACUUUGAAACAAGAAAGGAUGCUAUAAAAAAAGAACGCUCAGAAAACAAAGAGCUCUUAGUGAUUUAGAAUAUGAAUACUUAAUAGAAGGUUGGAGGGUACAGUUGAGCAAAUCGCCCAUGAAACAGGACAAAAAAGAGACAUAAAAUAGGAGAAAAUCAGAAAAUUAAAUUAGAUUACACCACAUACAAGUUCAAAGUAUGAAUAAUAGUUUCAGUAAUAUACAAAAAUUCUGUGUAGCUCUACCUUUUGUGUUGGUAUUGUCAUACAGAUUACAUCUUUUAUUUUUGUAUGCGGGUCACAGAUUUAUAAUUACUGCUUUAUGCAGUUUUUAAAAAUCAGGAUCAAACAAAAAAUACAUUUAUUGUCUUUUAUGUUUACCCACGUAGUUAUCUUUACCAUGCUCUUCUUUAGGUGGAUUCAAGUUAUUGUCUAGUGUCCUUUCGUUUCACCGUGAGGGACAUCAUUUAGUACUUCUUGUAGGGCGGGUUUGCUAGUGACCAGUUCUUUCAGUUUCUGUUUAUAUGUGAAUGUCUUAAUUUCUGCUUCAUUUUUGAAGAUUAGUUUUGCCAGAUACAGAAUCCGUGGUUGACAGAUUUUUUUUUUCCCCUUUCAGCACUUUGAAUAUGUCGUCUUUCAUGUGGCCAUGGUCUCUGAUGAAAAAUUGGCUGUUAAUGAAGAUCCCUUGUUUGAUUUAAUUUCGAAUGAGAUUAUUCUUGCAGCGAGAUGUUAAUAAAAGAAAGCCUAGACUAAAUUUGUUAAAUGGGCUUACCAACAAUAUGGAUGAUAUGAAGAUAAACGCCGAUAUUACUGGUGCUAAAGAACUCCUAGAUGACAACAAUUUUAUCUCAGAGAAAGAGAGUGGAGUUCAUGAACCAAAAGAUUGUCAGACAUCAUUUCAGAAAAACAAUGCAUUGACUCUGUCUGAAGAACUGUCAAAGGACAAAUCUGAAAAAGCCUUAAGUGGAGGCCAGUCUACUCUAUUUAUACAUGCUGGUGCUCCUGCUGUUUCUAGUGAAAACUUUACCUUGCCUAAAGGAGCUGCUGUUAAUGGACCAGUUUCACACUCCUCCUUAACUAAGACUUCCAAUAUGAAUAAAGGCAGUGUUUCAUUAACCACUGGACAGCCUGUGGAUCAGCCAACAACAGAAUCAUGUUCAGCUUUGAAGGUGGCGGCUGAUCUUCAGCUGUCUACACCACAGAAUGCAAGUCAACACCAAGUUUUGUUUUUGUUAUCAGAUGUAGCACAUGCUAAGAAUCCAGCUCAUUCCAUUAAAAAACUACCUACCUCUGCUUCAGUUGGUUGUGACAUUCAGAAUUCAGUAGGAAAUAGUAUAAAGUCAGAUAGCACUUUAAUAGAUCAAGUAGAGGUGGGUGAAGAUAGUGAAGAUUUAUUGGUAAAAAGUGAUUGUGUCAGUACAUUAACAGGAAUUUCCUCAGGUACAGAUGAAUUUAGGUCAGAAAAUGAUACAAACUGGGAUCCCCAAAAAGAGUUCAUUCAGUUUCUUAUGACUAAUGAAGACACAGUAGAUAAAGCCCCAGUUCACUCUAAAGUAGGUCAAGAAAAGAAGAGAAAGCGGAAAAUGGAUGUAAGCAAGAUAACUCGUUAUACUGAGGAUUGCUUUAGUGAUUCUAAUUGUAUAUCCAAUAAAUCAAAAAUGCUAGAAGUAGACUUUCUGGAACAAAAUGAAGAACUACAAGCAAUAGACUCACAGAAAUAUGCAUUAUCAAAAGUGAAGCCUGAAUCAACUGAUGAAGACUUGGAAUCUGUGGAUGCUUUUCGACAUCUAAUAUAUAACCCAGACAAGUGUGGAGAAGACAGUUCACCUGUUCAUACUAGCACUUUUCUUUCAAAUUCCUUAAAAAAAAAAUGUGAAGAGAGUGAUUCUGAGUCACCUGCUACUUUCAGCACCGAAGAGCCAUCAUUCUACCCCUGUACAAAGUGCAAUGUGAACUUUAGGGAGAAAAAGCACCUCCAUAGGCAUAUGAUGUAUCAUUUAGAUGGGAAUAGUCACUUUCGCCAUCUUAAUGUCCCAAGGCCAUAUGCUUGUAGAGAAUGUGGACGGACAUUUCGAGAUCGCAACUCACUUCUAAAGCAUAUGAUUAUUCACCAAGAAAGAAGACAAAAGUUGAUGGAGGAAAUUCGUGAAUUGAAAGAACUUCAGGAUGAAGGAAGAAGUGCGCGAUUACAGUGCCCUCAGUGUGUAUUUGGUACCAAUUGCCCUAAAACAUUUGUGCAACAUGCUAAAACCCAUGAAAAAGAUAAAAGGUACUACUGCUGUGAGGAGUGUAACUUCAUGGCAGUGACAGAAAAUGAAUUGGAAUGCCAUCGAGGUGUUGCUCAUGGAGCAGUGGUAAAAUGCCCUAUAGUCAGUUCUGAUAUAGCCCAGAGAAAAAUGCAAAAAAAGACUUUCAUGAAAGACUCUGUUACAGGGUCAUCCAAAAAAUCAACUACCUACAUAUGUAAGAUGUGUCCUUUUACUACUUCAGCCAGAAGUAUUUUAAAAAAACACAUGGAGUACCUACAUUCAUCAUCAUGUAUUGAUUCAUUUGGUAGUCCUCUUGGACUUGACAAAAGAAAAAGUGAUAUCCUUGAAGAACCUGUAGAUAUUGUUAGCACUAAACCAUUAAGUAAACAACAGCCAACUACAUUUCCAAAGAACUCUGCUCUAAAACAAGAUGUAAAGCGAACAUUUGGAUCAGCCUCACAAUCAAGUAAUUUUUCAAAAUUCCACAAGCGGCCACAUAGAAUACAAAAAGCUCGGAAAAGCAUCACCCAGUCAGGUGUAAAUGUGUGCAAUCAAAACAAUUCUCCUAAGACUGUUAUGAAUAAAAGCAGCAUUGACCAAAAACCUAAGUAUUUCCAUCAAGCAGCAAAAGAAAAAUCUAAUGUCAAGGCAAAUAGCAACUAUUUAUAUAGACACAAAUAUGAAAACUACAGAAUGAUAAAAAAAUCAGGUGAAUCAUAUCCUGUGCAUUUUAAAAAAGAAGAAACCAGUUCAUUAAAUUCUUUACAUCUGUUUUCAUCAUCAGGUAACUCUCACAGUGAUAGUUUUAUUUCAGAUUCUCAUAACUCUGACACCAAAAGGCCAGAAAGUUUCAAAGAACAUAGGCGUGUAGCUGUAAAGAGAGUAGUUAAGGAAUCUAAGAAGGAAAGUUCUGUUGAAGGAGAAGACUUGGAUAGCUAUCCAGAUUUUUUGCAUAAAAUGACAGUUGUUGUUUUGCAAAAGCUUAAUUCUGCUGAAAAGAAAGAUAGCUAUGAAACAGAAGAUGAAAGUUCUUGGGAUAAUGUUGAGCUAGGUGACUACACUACACAGGCCAUAGAAGAAGAAACCUAUAAUGAUAUUAAUCAAGAACAUGUAAACAUAUUCCCCCUGUUUAAAAGCAAGGUAGAAGGUCAAGAGCCUGGAGAAAAUACGGCUCUUAGUUAUGAUCAAAAUGAUGGCUUUUAUUUUGAAUAUUAUGAAGAUACAGGAACUAAUAACUUUUUGCAUGAUGUACAUGAUCCUCAGCAUUUAGAAAAUGCAGAAACUUCAUUGUCAAAGCAUAGUUCUGUUUUUCAUUGGUCUGAUUUGUCUCUUGAGAAGAAAUCUUGUCCUUACUGCCCAGCAACAUUUGAAACAGGUGUUGGGCUGUCAAAUCAUGUUCGGGGACAUCUUCACAGAGCAGGAUUAAGCUAUGAAGCCCGUCAUGUUGUAUCACCAGAACAAAUAGCCACAAGUGACAAAAUGCAGCAUUUCAAAAGGACUGGCACAGGAACACCUGUUAAGCGAGUUAGAAAAGCUAUAGAGAAGUCUGAAACCACUUCUGAACACACUUGUCAGCUCUGUGGUGGUUGGUUUGAUACUAAAAUUGGAUUAUCAAAUCAUGUUAGAGGCCACCUGAAAAGACUGGGAAAGACCAAAUGGGAUGCUCACAAAUCUCCAAUCUGUGUUCUGAAUGAGAUGAUGCAAAAUGAAGAAAAAUACGAAAAAAUCUUAAAAGCAUUGAACAAUCGUCGUAUCAUUCCCAGACCAUUUGUAGCUCAAAAAUUUGCAUCAGGUGAUGACUAUUUAUCCCAAAAUGUUAUACCUCUUGAAGCGUACCGUAAUGGCCUAAAGACUGAAGCUGUAUCAGUGUCUGCAUCAGAGGAAGAUGGGCUGAGUUUCUUAAAUGAAUGUGUUGAAACAAAACCAGAAUUGUCUGGUGGAAAAAAGUCUCUUACACUGAUAGAACUUCUUAAAAAUAAAAGGAUGGGAGAAGAAAGGAAUUCUGCUCUAUCUCCUCAAAAGAUCCAUAAUCAGACUGCAAGAAAGAGAUUUGUUCAGAAAUGUGUACUUCCAUUAAACGAGGAUAGUCCGUUGAUGUAUCAACCACAAAAAAUGGACUUAACUAUGCACUCAGCCUUAGAUUGUAAGCAAAAGAAAUCAAGGUCAAGAUCUGGAAGCAAGAAGAAAAUGCUCUCAUUACCUCAUGGUGCUGACGAGGUUUACAUUCUCCGAUGCAGGUUUUGUGGCCUAGUCUUUCGAGGACCAUUGUCUGUUCAGGAAGACUGGAUUAAGCACUUACAACGACACAUUGUAAACGCUAAUCUUCCACGGACUGGAGCUGGCAUGGUGGAAGUCACGUCACUACUUAAAAAGCCUGCCUCCAUUACAGAAACUUCAUUUUCUCUACUAAUGGCAGAAGCAGCUUCAUAGAACAAGGAAACCUUUUAAAUUGCAAAUUUGAAUUGGAUGUAAAUUUGAAAUUCUUUGUGUUUUUUUUUAAGCCACAUUAAAUUAUCCGUUUAUAAAUACUAAAACAGGAAAAUGGGAAAGAGUGAAUUACAGUGACAUCAGAGCAAAUUGAAUACUUAAAACAGUAAGUAGUCUAUAUAUUUUAUAUAGGGUGGAAGAUGUGUUUUUAAGGUUUACUACGUUUUGUCAGUUAAUUGUGUUCACUCAAUAAAAAAUCAUUACUACAUGUAAGCAGCCAUUUAUAAACUGUUGCACAUGGGUACUUAUAGACAGACUUAUUGGAAAAUUAUGUUCUCUUCAGUGUUACAGAAUCAAGGCUCUGUUUAUUCCCCACAAGACUUGCAUAGAAAAAUAAGAUAUUAUAUUUUGUUUGUAUGUACUUAGUGUUUUGUAUAAUACCAGGAACCGCUAACUAAAUUUACUCAAUUUAGGGCAUUAAAUAUCAUGUACUUCAUAGUUCGAGACUGUUCACUCAAAUAGGGCAAUGAGUACUAUUCUAUCUAGAUGUGUAAGUGUUUUUUUAAAACCACACGAAACGGUUUUUUUUAUACUAAAAAGUGGAGGGAGAUUUGUUUAAACAAAUAUUUCUAAAAGAAAUAUGUACAUAGUCCUGGAAAUUAUUUGUGGUAAGGAAAUAUUCUUUACUCCAGUUGCAUUUCUCAGACAAUAAAGUGGUGCAUCCAUGCUACCUCCUACUUUGUCAACAAAGAUGCUAUUUACCCUUUACAUUUUUGUAUCAUAAUAGAUUUAAAAAAAAAUCUAAUGUUCUUUAUUGCAAGACAUCCUUUUGUUAACAGAUUUGUUUCUUUUUAAUGUUUUACCUAAAAUUUGACAUGCUUACAGGACAGGUUUGCCUCUUUAUUUAACAUUGUAGAAAUGUAAUUAAUAAAUGAUGCUCACUACACAAUUUAGAAUAGACUUUCUCAUUUAUAUUCUCCUCCAAAUUUGAUCAGUUAGCAAAACUUAAUGCACCAAUUGACAUAUUUCUACAUAUGAUGAGAAUGUUUACAAUUUAAAUUUUAGAACUUGUUUUGGAUGUAAUUAUAUGUACGAAAAUCGUGUAACACUAUGCUCAUGCUAAGAACCGACAUAACGGAAUUACUGAAAUAAAUGUGCUGUGAGGAAUGGAAAAUAUGGUGCAGGUGUCUUGGUCAUGAUAAAUUGUGACUCUUAUUUUGAACUCUUUCCAAAAACAAAUUAGUUCUUUUAAUAUGAAAUCAGAUUCCUUUACAAAUAACAGUUUUUGUAUGCAAGCACCAUUUCAUUUUAUUUCAUGUAGUAUGGCUAAUACUAUAGUUGAGCCAAGGAUAUGCAUUGAUAAUUUUCUUCGUAUGUAAAUAAAGUUAAAAACCGUUAAAUAAGAAGUAUUUUGGUAGAGUAUAUACAUACCUCACUGCCAGUGAAAUUGCUUUCCUAUGGUAUAUCUCCUUACCAGAAAAAUCUGUAAAUAAAAAAAAGGCUUAAAGAAAACUGUAGUGUCUAUAAUGUGAAGCAUUUAUUUUUAUUAUGUCACAGGUGGAAACAGUCCAGUUGAGGUUGUCUUUGAUUUGAUUUCAAUUGUUGAUACUUAAUAGGUUACUUUAUUCACAGGAUGCAGUUUUUCUAGAAACACUGCAUUGGUCAGUGUAUAAUGUUUGUAAGAUAGGUAAUUUUUUGACUGUCCAAAUCUCUAAAUCCAGAACCACCUUAUAUGUGAAAUUAGGAGAUUAAACUAGAUGGAUCAUUCCCACCCAAGGGUCUGCUAAUCCCUGGGGUAUGUCUUAGUGAAGGUUCUUUAGAGAAACAGAACCAUAGAUUAGGCCAUGGGAAGAGUGAAGAAUGAGGGAGCUGUAGCAAAAUGUCUGUUUAUAGUCUGAAGACAGAGUACGGCCUAAGAAAACUCCCUUUUUGUUCUUAAGGCCUUCAACUGAUUGGUUGAGGUUCACCCACACACAUUAAGGUAGGUAAUCUGCUUUAUUUAAAGCCAACUGAUAAAAUCACAUGUAACUACUUCAUAAUAACAACUAGAUUAGUGUUUUACCAAACAACUGGGAACCCUAGCCUAGCCAAGUUGAUAACUUAAAAUCACCUUCACAGGUACUAGAUCAGGAAGAUGUAAGUUAUUUUCAGUUUUUCAAAAGACUUAACAGAAACUGCAUUUGCCUUAAUGAUAAGACUAAUGAAAACAUCAAAUUUAAUUGGAAGACAUAGUGGAGGUCGGCAGGGAAAAAAAAAAUCAUAACUGGUGGCAAGGUUAGCAAUCACUAGAGCCCCUGUCAGCUCUGAUUUUUAUAGUUUUAUGAUUUUAACUUGUCAAGCCAACUAUCAGGGUGUGUGAAUACUGGUAGAAUAGUUACUUUGACUGUAACUUUCAGAAUGAAACCUAGAUUAAGUUUGUUUUUAUAUAUUGAACUAUAUCCAAAACUAUUAUUUCUCCUCCUAGAUAUAAAAUAAUUAAAUCAUCAAAAUAGAAUAAUUCAAAUUAGAAAUAGUAAACUUGAGGAAUUCUUGAAAAGUAAAUUAAACAAAACAUUUUUCAUAGUAAAGAUGCUGGGGUUAGAAAUUUUAAAAAAUUCUUCAGGAAGCAUUCAAAGUUUGCCUUAUUUUUCAAAAAGAAAGUAAAUAUGUUUUCAUUUGGCUUGCAGUAGGAGAAGAUUAUAAAAUAGUAUCUCAAGUUACAUGAUAGAUUUUCAUGUUCAGAAUAUGACCUGCAUUAGUCAGUAUUUAGUAUUGACUAAUUUUCCUUUAAUUUCUUUAUCAUUGCCUAGUAUUUGAGCUUCUUUAGUAUUAGGUGGUUUUUUUUUUUUUUUUUUUUAACAAGUUAGAAAUAAUGAUUAACUUA